AAAAGUAUCUCCACCUAUCUUGUUCUCUCCGUCGUUGCAGUUGGACUGGAGCACUAGAGCUAGCUACCCAGGCAGAGAGCAUGGAGGUCUCGGCCAUGGAGGAAGCAGCCGUCCCUGUCCCUGCGGCGAGGAGGAAGGGCGGCCUCAGAACCAUACCCUUCAUCAUAUCGAACGAGAUCUUUGAGAAGGUGGCGACGUACGGGCUACACGCCAACAUGAUCAUAUACCUCAGAAAGCGGUACGGCAUGUCAGCGGCCACCGGCACCAUGGUGCUCUACCUCUGGACCGCCAUGACCAACUUCCUGCCCAUCUUCGGUGCCGUGCUCUCCGACGUUUUCCUCGGCCGGUUCCGGGUCAUCGCCCUGGGAUCCGUCGUCAGCCUCUCUGGGAUGUGUCUGCUGUUGGUGACAGCGAUUCUGCCGGUGUACAAGAAGACUCCAGGGUGCGACCCGGCUUCGCCGAAGCCGAGUGGGUGCACGAUGCUGCCGUCCCAGAUGCCAAUACUGUUCACGUCCUUCCUGCUCAUGUCGCUCGGGGCGGGCGGCAUCCGGCCGUGCACGCUGGCGUUCGGGGCGGACCAGCUGGACAAGCGGGACAACAGCACCAAGAACGUGAGGAGGCUCCAGACCUUCUUCAACUGGUACUACACCGUGCUGGGGCUCUCCCUCGUAAUUUCGGCCACCGUGAUCGUCUACAUACAGGAGCACAAGGGGUGGGUCAUCGGCUUCGCCGUGCCCGUCGUGCUCAUGUUCAUCGCUCUCACGCUCUUUCUAGUCGGCUCGUCUUUGUACCUCAAGGCGGAGCCUGACAGGAGCGUGCUGGUGAGCAUCGUGCAGGUGCUCGUCGCCAGCUACAAGAACCGGCGCGAACUGUUGCCGCCGGAGACAGCCGAAGCGUCGUGCUUCCAUCACAAAGCUGGCUCCAGGCCCAGAGUUCCCACGAAGAAGCUCGUGUCCUUGAACCGGGCGUGCGUGCUCAGGAACCCGAGCAAGGAGCUCAACGUCGACGGGUCGGCAUGUGACCCGUGGCGGCUGUGCACGGUGCAGCAGGUGGAGGACGCCAAGGCCGUCAUCCGCGUGCUGCCGAUAUGGUCCACGGGGAUCAUACCCGGCGUGAUCGUCGCCCAGGUGAUGUUCCCCGUGCUGCAGGCAGACUCGAUGGAGCGCCGCAUGGGAGCGAUGAUUAUCCCGGCCGCCUCCUUCGGCGUCUUCAGUAUCGUCACACUCACCGUCUGGGUGGCCUUGUACGACCGCGUGCUCGUGCGGCCCCUCUCGCGGCUCACCGGCCACGCGCGCGGGCUCAGCCUGCGGCAGCGCAUGGGGGCCGGGCUGGCGAUCUUCGCCUUGGCCAUGGCCGUGGCCGCGCGAACCGAGGCCCUCCGCCGCGGCGAGGCCAUCGCGGAGGGCUUCCAGAACGACGAGCAGGCGGUGGUGCGCAUGUCGGCGAUGCGGCUUGUGCCGCAGCACUGCCUCAUUGGGCUCGCCGACGCGUUGAACCUGAUAGGGCAGAUCGAGUUCUACUACUCCGAGUUCCCAAAGACCAUGUCCAGCAUCGGGGUGUCGCUGCUGGCCCUCGGCUUGGGCUUCGGCGCCGUGCUGGGGAGCGCCAUCGUGGGGAUCAUGAACAGCACCACCGGGAGGGACGGGCGCAACAGCUGGUUGUCGAGCAACCUCAACAGGGGUCGCUACGACUACUACUACCUGGUUCUCGCGGCGCUGUCCGUGGCCAACUUGGUGUACUUCGUCUGGUGCGGCUGGGCGUACGGCGAGGAAGGGCAGAGCAGAGUGAUUGCAUUGGCGGCUGAGGAGGAGGAGGAGGAGGAACAGAAGAAGCAAGAACAACACAAAUGAUAGGCAAGGCGUUCGCCCGUUUGACCUCGGCGCGCGCCUUUCUUCUCUCUUGCGAAUUGCUGAAUUGUGAUAGGGAUGUGCUACGCUAGUGUAGAAACGACGGAUGCACCCGGUCUGUAUCAUCAUUAAAAAAAUGUCACAUGUUU